CUAGGACAAAAUCAUUUCAAUUGGGAAAAAACAUGCUUCUGAGAUACGGCGAGGUUGGAAAUCGACGCCACAACAACAGAACUGUAAUCCUCUGAAUUUGUGAGGCCUUAGAAAUUGAAAUUUAGAAGCAGAGUCUGUACUGUACUGGGCACGCUAUUUAUUUGUUAGUGGGGUCCUCACAGCAAUAUGAAUGUGCCGGCAACAAUGUUAGAUUCUGUACACUACUACCAAUUCUUCUUUGUUAUCAACAUCCAAAGAUGAAAGGCAUUGAAAUUUUCUGCUCUUCGCAAGCCUCAACAGCCAUAUGUGUUAGUAUGGAUGAAGCCUCCUCUUCCUCUUCCACUUCUAAAUCGGUUCAGCUUGGUGGCCGAGCCAUCGAUCGCCACAAUCCUAUUAUCAGAGAUUCAAGAAGAGCUCCGUGUGCUUCUCCUUCCUCUUUGUCUCUGCCACCCAAAGAUCCAAAACCUUGCGAGCAACCCCAAAAGGCCAAGAAAAACUCAUCCUCGAAGCCAAGGGACGAGAACAGGAGGAACUCGAGGAAGAGUCAUGAUCAGAGGAAGAAAAGUGCUGCAGGAAGGCUGACUGAACAUAUCACAAACACUUACACUUCAAAGCCAAUUGAAAGUAUUGUUCGAAGAAGCUGGGUUAGACCACCUCCUGAUUUGAUCAUCACUCCUCCAGGUUCUUCUAGAUAUUUGCUUACUGAGACUUCCGUAUUGGAUGGCUUAUCCAACUAUGACCCAGUUUUGGCCUUGACUCCAUUUGAUGAUGCCAACCAGAAGGCUCAAUCUGCUGGUCAAGAUGAGACCAAUCAUGCUUCUAAACCCUCUACAUCUUCCCUCUCAAGACCCGCUUCCUCCGACCAGGUAGUGGUAUUGAGGGUUUCUCUGCACUGCAGAGGUUGUGAGGGAAAACUAAGGAAACAUCUCUCCAGAAUGGAAGGAGUUUCUUCCUUCAACAUAGAUUUUGCUGCGAAAAAGGUGACAAUAGUUGGAGAUGUGACUCCUUUGAGUGUAUUGGCGAGUGUAUCGAAGGUGAAGAAUGCCCAAUUCUGGCCAGUGCCAGCAACACCAACUGCCUCCGGUACAGCCGAAACUAGGAAGUAAAAUCAAUAAUAUCUUGUUGAAGAAAACGAAAUUAAGUAUGAUUUGAAUGUGAACUAAGUAGUGCUUUGAUUAGUGUAAAUUGGAAGUGUUAGCGAGUGUGGUUGCCGAUGGGAUCAUGAAACGCGCUAACGAAGUAGGAAAGUUGAUGUAGCAGUAAUCUUUUCCUGCGGGGGAGACUUGCUGGAAGAAAUUCAAGCGGUGUUGUCGUAAUGCGUUUGUGUCGGAGUUUGAA